AUGAAUGAUUGGAAAAUUUCAGUAACGACUUUUAACUGUGGGAAAAAAUAUCCUGUUGACAAUUCAACUUGGUCUGCCAAAAUUAUUAAAGAAUGUUUAGCUGGUCUUAGUGAUGCUCAAGAUAUAUAUGUAUUUGGUUUCCAAGAAUUCGUGCCGCUUUGGGAAGGGUCCUUCCACGAUACCGUUUCAUCUUACCUAGAUGAAGUUGCUAGCACAACAAUUGAUAUCCUUAGCAAACAAUUCAACGGGAAAACUUUUAAAUCUAUUGGUUCUCAUUCCUUAGGUGCUAUAGCAUUAUUAGUAAUUGCUUCUAAUACUGUUAUAAAAAAAAGUUCAAUUUUGUCUGUUGAAUGUAGCAGAGGCCUAUUGGGUAGUAAUUUAAAAGGUGGUAUUGCCAUUUCAGUUGACUUGGCAAACAGAAAGGAAAAUCAUGGUAAUAAUAAAGAGACAUUUACUUUUAUAAAUACACAUUUGGCUGCAAAUGAAGGGAUGCAGAAUGCAUCGACUAGAAUUGAUGACAUUAACUGCAUUUUGAAUACAUGCGACAGAGAAUUAAGAAUGACCAAUUUCAAAAACGGUCAUUUAUUUGUGCUAGGCGAUAUGAAUUUCAGAUUGACAAACAUAAACAAAGAUGCAUCACAAUUGGAUUUUACUGAUGCCGUAGUGAUCCAAGAGCUACUGAAAAAUAAUGAUGAAUUGAAUUUAUUUAAGCUUAUCUCAGGGUUCAUCUUUUCUGGUUUCAUUGAACCAACAAUCACUUUUGCGCCAACCUAUAAAUACAAGAUAGAUUGUCCAGAUGAGUAUAAUUAUAAACGUACUCCAUCUUGGUGUGAUAGAAUUUUAUUCAAAGAAUAUGGAAACGCAGAUAAAGUUAAAAUUAUAAACUAUAACUCAAUAGCUCGAGCAGAUUGUCUACAAUUCACAGACCAUCAGCCUGUGACUCUAAGUCUAUCAAUACCAACAACUGCAGAAUGCACACAAUUAACACUUCCUGAUUUCAUACAACCAGAAGAAUAUUACAAAGUCGUAGGUAGCAUUCUGAACACCAGUGUAGGUUAUUCCGGAUGGCUCCUGUCCUUUAAAUACUCCAAACUGAUUGCCAUUGUCCUUCUGGUGAUAUGGACAGUAUGGAUAUUGAAUGCUUGGAAAUAA